GCUCGUCAAUCCGAAUUAAAACCGGCGCCAUUGCGAGAUCAUGCCCAAGCGUACCACUCAGGGCAGUCGUGGAACGACGAUGAUGUAGCGCGAGGUGUACUUCAUUUGAAAGCAUCUCCUGAAAGGGAAAAACCAGCGUCUCCGUUGACGAAGGAAGAAGCGCGAAGAAAGCAAUUGACUGCUCGAGUUCCUCAAGCAGGUGGCGGCGAUCACCAGUCUCCUGGUCAUCUAGGGUUACGACCAGCAGAGCUAGUGGAGCGUGACCCUACCCAUCAUACUGAAAAUACAUUAUUAACGAGAACUCAUGAAAAUGGCGACUCUUCCACUGUUCCCGCUAGUGAUCGCUCUAAAAGCCAGGAAGGUGUUCUUCACUUGAGAGCAUCUCCUGAGAAGAAACCAUCAUUUAUGUCUGCAGAAGAAGAGGCUCGCAUUGCUCGUCUCAUUUCUCGAGUUCCUCCUGCCAGGAAAGAGAAUUAUCGGGCUUUUGGAUCUCCGCGCAAGUUGGAGUUACAGCCAACAAGCCUUGAAGAGCGUGAGCGUGGUUCUGUUAAAUCUCAUGAAAAACAAUAUGUUGAUACAUCUGUCCCGAGCGAAGAUCACAGAUCUACCUAUGCUAGCCGGCGUGCAGAUGCGCUAGGGGAAGACGGUGAACAUACAUCUAGAACUACGUCUUCCUCUACAACAUUCUGGAGGAGAACUAUCACUACUACAUCUGGUGGUUCAAAUAUUGUGGAGCCUUAUUCAACUGAGAGGAAAGAUCAAUCAGGUGCAGAAGAUCUCACCUUUAAUCGAAAUCGCAUAAUAGCUGAGAGUACUCACCCUGCCGGAUCUUACUCUGCAGACAUCAAAGACCGACCUCUAGAGAGUACUGUCGCUUCUGACCGUGAUCGUGCAGUACCUGGCGCAUCACACAUUGUGGAAUCUUUUACAACUCGCAGUAAAGAGCAAUCACCCGCAAGGGAUGUUGCUUCGGAUCGCGAUUCUGCUUUACGGGACGAUUCAUACCAUCUGGGGUCUUAUACAAAUGGCACCAAAAACCAAUAUGUAGAAACUGAUGUGCCUUCUGAAAGCGAUCUUCUAGUAGCUUCUUCAAGUAGUAAAACAGGUAGAAGUCAAGGAAGAAUGAUGAGUGGCGAAGAAUUUGUGGAAGUGCGUGUUGAUCGUCGAGCAGAAAUACAACUCGAGCCUGCGUUUUGCUUGACAGGGGCGGGGUUGGGCGCAGUCUCAGAGAAUGAAGAUGGGUUGUUCUUCUCUGUUACUCCUCCUCCGAUGCCAUCGUCUGAUCGUUCAUUCUUCAGUCGACUUUUCAAGGUCCGCUCUUUGAUUUACGCCCACAAUUAG